UUCCUCCUCCGGAUCUUCCUCCAUCAUUAUCCGGUCGCAGCAGCCGAUCAGACGCGCAGAGAUGCCACUUGCUAAAGAUCUUCUACAUCCCACUCCUGAGGAGGAGAAGAGGAGACACAAGAAGAAACGUCUCGUUCAGAGUCCAAACUCCUACUUCAUGGACGUCAAAUGUCCAGGUUGCUACAAGAUCACCACCGUGUUCAGUCACGCUCAGACCGUGGUGUUGUGUGUCGGCUGCUCCACGGUGCUCUGCCAGCCGACGGGAGGCAAAGCUCGCCUGACAGAAGGAUGCUCUUUCAGGAGGAAACAGCACUAGUCGGACCAGAUGAGGCUGGAAGCUUUAGAGGAGGAAAAGCUUGAUGGACAUCGAGCGACACUGCCAUGAACCGAUGGACGACCAAACGGAACAAAUCAUGUAAAAUAACAAGUCGUCCGUCUACAGAAUAUGCACAGAGGAAUGACUGCGCUUGUUUACACCCCACCGACGACCCACAUCUGUUAAUAAUUCACAAUAAAUGUGCUGUUUUAAUGAAAUAAUCUUACGUUCACCAUCCAGUUCAUCUCUUAAAGGGUCCUGAACCCUUUACAGUGAAGUUGUUCGUUGAUUACAUGCACAUUUACAGAACGGUGAGGGUCAAAGAUGAGGGUCGGCGCCGUAGAUUUAUGCAAAUUUCCUUUGAAAACAUUCGACCUGUUCUGGGAAAGAGUUGCAAAUUACAUCAAAGAAUCAGAGUUUUACUAUGUAACAGCAGCACUCUGCAUAAUUAAAUAUUGAUUAAUGCACAUUAGAGCUGCUAACACUUGCAAGAAUUCAUACUUACAGUUUAUCUUAUAGUCGAUAUUUAACUAUGAUGUCAUAAAUGCUGCAGGAUUCCCUCUGGAGAAGGGCAGAUUCAGGGAAAAGUCACAGAUUUGUGAUGCUAAAUGACAAAAACAACUUGGUGUUUUCUUGCACAUUUCCUGCAGAAAUAAUGUGAUAAAUUCUUAGGGAGAGAAGAAGAAAAAUCACAGCAGGAAUUGGAAUAAUUCCAGAUUCGUGGCCUGCAGAAGGUCACAGCUUCUGUUUCGGCUCGUUGAGUCUCUGUGUGAUCAAGUUGAACACUGAAUAAAGACAAAUCAGGGACAUGGAGUGAUUCAAUAACUUUCUAGCUGCUAUGGUUACGUUGUUCUUUCUUCUCGUGUCUUGCUUGUAUAAUGGACACUAAUUCCAAAUAAAAUCAUAGUGAACAUGAA